UCUCCCAUGGCUGAAGAAAUGCUCCCGGAGUGGUUCAGAUGAGAAAAUCGGAGUCGGUCGUCGGGGUGGGGCGGGGUUAGUCUGACUGUUGAUGACUCUUUUUUCUGGGUUUAAAUCACGCCCUUCGGGGUGGGGCCAGCUGUUUGUCCGGUUUUGUAUGUUUGUCUGUUUUGCAGGGCAUACUGACUACCUGGUAUAUAAAGUCAACCCAGGAACUCUUCCUACAGCAAUGGAAAAAUAAGGCUUAUCAAGGUUCAAUCCAGCUUGAUCUUGUUCAAUCAUCAACUGUCGAUCUAUUCUCAAUCUUCAACCUGUUCAAUUCAGAUCUGUUGAUCUCUCUACAAUGCAUACCCUUUCAGUAAUGCCAGUCCGCUCCGUCCCUGACGACGGGGCCGACUUCCUCAAACGAGCCGAAGAACGUCGCAGGAAGGCAGAAGCAAAGGAAGCCAAGCGACUCGCCAAGGCACAGCAGCAGGAAUACACCCGAGACGACCAGUCCGUCAUGUCGGAUGCGACGCUCGUGGCCAAAAAGUCGUUUACCAAGUCUGUCCGUGAUGGUGAGUCCUACCCCCUUGCCUUGGUUAGUACUCUGUUCUUCCUUGCUAACGUUCUCUUGAUAGCUCUCUCGAUACGUGUGACUCGGAAAAAACAACUCGACGGAACCGAAAAGCCAGACCUCGUCUGAUCGAUUCAUGGGAUAUUUCAAGUUGGUAUGGGAGUUAUUUGGAUCUUGCAGCGGAUAC